AUGAAGCACACAUUGCUUGCCAGGGUACUUUCACUCCGUAGAAACUACUCUACCAGUGGCAAAUCAGUUCUUAAUAUUCUAUUUUUUGGAUCAGAUGAAUUUAGUGUGCACUCAUUGGAAGCACUGACCAGAAUGAGAAAUGAGGAGCCAAAUGUAAUUAAUACCCUACAAGUUGUGACAAAACCUCCGAAACAGUGCGGAAGAUAUCUGGCUGAAACAAAGGAAGUUCCAAUUGCAAGUUUUUGCCCAAGGCUGGGCCUGCCGCCGGCAUUGAGAUGUGAUACAGUCGAGGACAUGAAAGGUCCAAUAAUGGAUGCCGUGAAGAGACAAGAGAUUAAUAUGCUGAUCGCAGUGUCGUUUGGGAAGUUAAUACCUAAACAACUGAUUGACGAGGUACCUUAUACACUUAAUAUUCAUCCUUCACUCUUGCCGAGAUACAAGGGUUCAUCGCCAAUACAAUAUACCCUCAUGAACCACGAUCAGGAGACUGGUGUCUCCAUACAAACUCUACAUCCGAGCAGAUUUGAUCACGGUAACAUAAUAGCACAAUCCGCUCCGAGAAAUGUUAAGGAGCUGUUAAAAUUGGGCGCGGUGAGUAAUUUUGAAUCGAACGUGCCUCCUAAAGUUGCGAUUUUGAUGGAUCAGCUUGGCAUCAUUGGGGCAAACCUUCUGACAACUGUUCUACAUAAAGAGCUCUACGCAAGGCAACCAAGUUUUAUUCCUACCUUACCUGAAAGCUACGCUCCCAAGAUCAAGACGGAGAUGAAGAAAAUCAACUGGGCUGAAGAAGACUCGAGCCAAGUCUUGGAUAAAAUUGACGCGCUAGGAACCGUUUACGCCUAUAAAGAAGCGAAACCAAAGAGAGGUGACGCAACGCAGAAGCGGGUUAUUUUUUAUAAUAUGCUCCCCUAUUAUGGAAACCAUUCUCCAGAGGCUACUGGAUCAUUUUUAUAUGAUGAAGAUCAAAAAUGUUUGGUGAUUCGAUUCCGCAAUGGAAUCAACCUCCAAACAAGAGAAAUUCAAUUUGAAGGUUUCAAAAAGGAGUCAUGCGAGCAAUUUAUGAAAAGUCUAAAGAAACGCUGUGGGCCUGAAUACUGCUCGAAGCUGGUGUUUACUUGA